AUGAUGAGGGGCCUGAGCUGCUCAGGGACACGAGUCCCGGGUGUGCCAUGUGACCACCUCGGGAGAGGGCUCUGGCUCGUUGUGACCUGGAGGAGUAACCCACCGCCUUCUGCAGCUCUUUCAGACCCGGUUGCAAAGGAGAGCUGCAUGCUCCACCUGCUGCUGUCCCUGCCAGAGGCCAACCUGCUCACCUUCCUUUUCCUUCUGGACCACCUGAAAAGGGUGGCAGAGAAGGAGGCAGUCAAUAAGAUGUCUCUGCACAACCUCGCCACGGUCUUUGGCCCCACGCUGCUCCGGCCCUCGGAGAUGGAGAGCAAGCUCCCUGCCAACCCCAGCCAGCCCAUCACCAUGACCGACAGCUGGUCCUUGGAGGUCAUGUCCCAGGUAUGGGAAGACAGGCUCCAGCCCAUGCCACCCGACCUGACAGGGGUGGCCUCUGCCUGCGCCACCCCGAGUCCUGCCCAUCCUCCUACUUGCAUUGUCUGUGGAGGUGGCCAAGAUUCAGAGAGAAACUUGCCUAGGUCUGCACGAAUGGGAGUGUUAUCGGGGGGUCCAGGCCACCUCCUGGUCCUGCUGGUGCACCCUGCUGGGGGCUUACCGCCACCCCGAGUGUUCAGGCGUGGUGGCUCAUGCCUGUAAUCCCAGCACUUUGAGAGGUCACGGCAGGAUAACAGAACCCAGGUGUUUGAAAGCAUUCUAGGCAAUGCAGCAAACUCCAUCUCUAGAAAAAAUAGAAAAAUUAGCCAGGCAUUGUGACAUACACCUGUAGUCCAGGCUACCAGGGAGGCUGACAUAGGAGGAUCGCUUGAGCCCAGGGGUUAGAGGCUGCAGUGAUCCAUGGUGGAGCCACUGUCCUCCAGCCUGGGUGACAGAUCAAGGCCCUGUGCGGCUCUGAAAUAAAACCAUCCCCCUCAGUCAUGCCUUGUGAUGACCCCACCCCACCCCUGUCUCACUGUAAGGGGUUCACGGUACCGGCAGAGGCCUCAGCUCCUGGGCUGGACUUGGGGGCUUGGGCCCCAAAGCCCUCCCCAC